AUGGAACUCAUUGGUCAUUACGAUUUCAUUCUAAAUGAUCAUCUCGAAAAAGUAAAAGCUUCUCAACAGAGCCAUAUGCGAAUGCAAGCACAUUAUUUGUCAAAUGAUAUCCAGAAUGAGUUUAUUCAGUGCUGUGCAGAUAAAGUCACAGAUGUGAUAUUAGAUGAGAGGGAGAAAUGCAAAUAUUUUUCAAUGAUUGUGGACGCAACGCCUGAUACAGCUCAUAUUGAGCAAAAUGUUUUUAUUUUAAGAUACGACUUACAGGACAAAUUGACAGGAAAAUAUGAGGUAAAAGAGAGAUUUCUGGAAUUUGUAGAUUGCAAUAAAAAAACUGGUGAAGAUAUUGCAAAUAUAAUUACUUCUACUCUUCAGAAACAUAAAAUACCACUGAUGUGCUGUCGUGGACAAGGAUACGACAAUGGGAGUAAUAUGAAAGGUUCAGUCAAGGGAGCACAAGCUCGAGUUCUUCAACAUUAUCCACUUGCUACUUACUCUCCCUGUGCUUGUCAUAGUCUGAAUUUAUGCGGUGCACAAGCUGCUGAAUGUUGUCCUCAAGUGAUAACUUUCUUUGGGAUAGUGCAAAAACUGUAUAACAUAUUUAGUAGCAGUCCUCAAAGAUGGGAAAUUUUAAAAAAAUAUAUUGGUUCGUCUUUUCAUAGCAUGUCCCAAACGCGCUGGUCAGCUAGAGUGGACUCCAUUAAGCCAUUCGCAACCCACCUUCCUGGUAUAAUCAAAUCAGUAGCUGAUAUAAGGAACCUAAAUUUGUCUAUAGAAAAUCGUGCUAAUCUAAAUGGGAUUAUUUCAUAUAUGGAAUCGUUUGAAUGCAUUCUGAUGUCUGCUAUAUGGUUCAAAGUACUUACUGCUAUCAAUUACACCAAUCUUGUAGAAGUGACCAACAUCAAACGACUAAUUGAUGAAUUAAAAACUCUUCGAGAUAAAUGGGAUUCUAUUAUGGUGGAGAGGAAUAUCAGUAGACGAUAUGAAGCUGCAUAUGAAAUUGACGAAACCUUUAACUUUCUCUGGAAGCAUAAUCAUUACGAGGAGGAAGAAAUUCGCCGAAGGAGUAAGGAUUUUGUGAAUAAAUACAAGGAUGAUGUUUCCAUGGAGCUGAUUGAUGAGCUUUUGCAUUUGAAAUUUAUCCAUGAUGUUAACAGCAAAAAUGAUUUGGACCCCUUUCUUCUUCUCAAUAAAAUCAACGACCUGAAACUUAUAUGUCUUUUCCCCAACAUUUGUAUUGGCCUGAGAAUUUUUUGUACAUUACCAGUUACGGUAGCACAAGCUGAACGGUCUUUUAGCAGACUGGCGCUUAUAAAACAUGAUCUAAGAUCAACAAUGACGCAAGGUAGAGUUUCUGGCUUGGGAAUUUUAGCGAUGGAGUGUGAUUUAGCAAAAAAGAUCAAUUUUGACAGUGUAAUUGCUGAUUUGCCAGUAGGAAAGCGAGGAAAGUUUUAA